AAAAACGAGGCAGUCAAACAAAAAAAGCAAUAAUAAAGACAACCAACCUGAUAAAAAUAAAGCAAAUAUAGUAUAGAUCAGGCACAAAUCAGAAACAGGCACAACAACACACACACACACAAAUCCGAAAGCAAACAAGGCGGCUGUGCGGGGCAGAGGAUCCUUUCUUUGCUGUUUGAUAGGAAACCGAGACGCUGUUGUGCUUGCGUCCGACUCAAAAAUGGGCGCCUGUGUAUGUCGCAUGAAUCCCGACAACGAGACGAUGAGCGUCUCGUCGGCGAGCAUAUCGCGUCCACCCAGUGCAGGCAUUGCCUUGGGCGCGUCGCGCAAAAAUCGCCCACUCUGCCAUGAGACAAUACGCUGGCGUUCCGAUGUGCCAUUGACCGAGGGACAGCUGCGCUCCAAGCGGGACGAGUUCUGGGACACGGCCCCAGCCUUUGAUGGUCGCAAGGAGAUCUGGGAUGCCUUACGCGCCGCCACCAAUGCCGCCGAGGGGCUGGACUUUCAAAUGGCCCAGGCCAUACUGGAUGGGGCUAAUGUGUCAGUGCCAAAUGGCUACCUCACAGAGUGCUACGAUGAGCUGGGCACGCAGUACAAGGUGCCCAUCUAUUGUCUGUCAUAUCCCAUCAAUAUCGUGAAGGAGGAGAACGGACGCGACUCGCCUGCUGAAUACUCAGAGCCAGUGGAUGGCGGCACCGAAAUCUUUCUCAAGCUGCGCAUAUCAUCGAGCAUGACUGAUGUUAAACUGCCGGUAUACUCCAAGGAUACGGUGGGACAGUGCAAGAAGAAGUUGCAGGCCACAGAGGGUGUAGAUGCCUGUUGCCAGCGUUGGUUCUACAGUGGGAAACUGCUGGGCGACAAGGUACCCAUCGACGAGUGCAGCAUACACCAGGGCUAUGUAGUCCAAGUCAUUAUCAAUACGGAGCACUACAACCACGACAAUAGCACGAGUACAGUGCGCAUGUCGCUUGCGAGCUAGCGGCGCAAGCAAACCAAACUAGUCAACAGCAAGCCACGACAGCAAAAGCAAAAGCAACAGCAGCAACAAGAGCACGACUCGCAGAAUGCGGAGGACGAGGCCAAAGGAAGCAGCAUCAUGAAUAAUGUCAUAUACUCAAUAUGUCGCACAAAAAGCCCAAUCUGUGAUGAUGUACAGCACAAAGGGGAGCAACAAGGGCUACACAAACAGCAAACAUAUUGCAUUUAUCAAAAUCCGCAGCAAUUGCCAAUUGUUGCUCUCUCUGCCUUGUUGUUAUUGUUGUUUUUAUGGCUGCUCGCCUUGUUAUGCUUUGUGUAAUAUAUUUAAAAUCAAAAAAUCUAAUAACAAAAAGAGAAAGGAAAAACAACAAAAAAAUGAUAGAAAAGUUGCUAAGGGAAAUUGCAAAGGGAAAAUGCUUAUAAGAAGAACAUAAAUUAUAAUGUAAAAUUAUACAUAUAUAUUUUUUUGAUAAUAAUUACAGAUAAUAAUACAACAGA